AUGCACGUAGAUUGGGAGGGGUGUCGCGCGUCUUACUGGAUUACGGAAAACAAUCUGCCCCAAGAAUACUCACUCAUGAGCACAAUGGAUAUACUUCUUGCAGCCUUAAGAGUCGCCGUGCCAUCUGGGUCGGCCGGCUCCUUCUCAAUUCCUAGCGAGCUCUCUGGUGUCUUUCGAUGGUAUCGAGAUCAUAUAGCAUCAACCGUCAUGAUAUACCCUCAAGCGAAGACCAGCUGUUUGCGUCUACAAGACAAACGUGAGGGAGUGACGAAGAUCCUUAGCUUCACUAGGGGUGCGAGAACACCACUGUCAUUAGGGUGUGGUAGUGGUGGAUCUGGGACGGAGACCGCUGAAAAAUCACAUGUUGGGGACUCGGAGGUGGAAUGGGAGGGCGAAUAUCUAUCGCUGUAUCGGGAAUGUCUCCAGAGGCAUCGUAAUCUGCAAGAUGGUUCUCCUGAUUACGAUCCUGUUCAUCCUGCUGGACAGGUUGUGGGUCCCGAUGCCAUGCUAGCAUGUAUCCUUUUCUCUUUCAGAAAACACGUCCCCUUGUAUCGGGACGUCUACAUGCAUGCCGUUUCCACGUUCCGUAAAUGUGUAGUCAUGAUGUCUGAGAUAAGUUCUGUGCAACGUGUGCUCUGCCUGCGUUUCGUAUAUACAUCUACGAAAUUAGAGUACCUUCAGGCACUCAUGACAAGGGUACAACACAGCAACAUGACAGCCAUCAGGGAAUCGUGUUGA